AAAUAUUUUCACAUAAAAUCUUUUCCACUGUAACUGAUUUCAUUAAAAGGGAGAUCAGAAUUUAUUCCUCAGAUUGCCUAGUUCUAUUCGUUAAUAUAUUUACUCAAUUUAUCUGCCAGAAAAAAAAAAAUGAAAAGGACGAAAAGGUUAAGCCGUUAAGGUAUUUAAAAGUUCAAAUACUCCUUGGACCCAUGGUUGGACUCGGGCCGGGUCGAGCCCGGGCCGGCGGUUCUAUAUAGCUGGACCCGGGACCGGCCCGGGUAGCCACCGGGUCCGGUCCGGGGCCGGGCCGGGCCUCGGGUUUGGUUAUUUUUUUUAUUUUUUAUUUUUGCUUAGCUACCCAUCCCUGACCCCCCCCCCCCCUCACCCCCCACCCCCCAAACCUCCCAAACCCCUCCUAAACAUCAAGCCCAACCCGGUGGAGCCCAAACAAAUGAAAAAAACCAAAAAAAUAAAUAAAUUUGGCCCGAACCGGGCCCGGGCCCGGCCAGGCCGGGCCUUGUUAUGGGUGACCCGAGCCUGGACCGGAAAUCCACCGGGUCGGGCCUACCCGGACCGGUCACUGACCGGGCCACCGGUUCGGGCCGGUUCCGGGUCGGGCCACCCGGCCCGAGUCCAACCAUACUUGGACCCAAUAAUCCACAUCGGUAACACUUAUUUCCAAAUUAGAGUCAGGUCGGAACCGGGUGGUAAAUUGAUAAAUGAGCCAAAUCGGGAUCAUUUGAAAGUAGCUGGACUGGAACCGAUACUUGGAACUGGUUCAAGCUUGGUAGUUGGUACUGUCCCAGCUCUUUUGUGUACAAAUACUAGAGCGACAUGCACUGUUUCUGACACUUUUAUAUUAAAAAAAAACUACAGUUUCAGAAAACAAAUUGGUAUGGAACCGAAACUCACCUAUUCCGAGACUUACCAGCCCCGAAACACAGGUAUACCGGCUGGGGUAUGAAUGAAGUUUUUUUUUAUAACUGUCAGGAUUUGCAUGUUUGGAAAUCUGAAAAAUCAUUCUAUUAAUUAAUGGUGUUCCAUUCCCUAAAUGCUGAUGAUUUUUCCAAUUUAAUUUGAUGUGUAAAUAUUAAAUGUGUAGUUAUCUGAACAAUCUUCCAUAUAUGGAAAGAAGAGGUCCAAGUCUCUACAAAUACAUUUAUAUUUAUGCCCUGUUGCAAAAGAGAAAUGGUUUCAACCAUGGGCUGUUAGUUUUCCCAGUCCCUAGUUAAAAACCCAUAGUAAAUUGGAGCAAUAAGUGGAGAAACAAGAAAAAGAAGAUGCCAGCAGCAGUGUGGUUUGCUUUGAAGAGGUCAUUUAAGUGUAAAUUUUCAAAAGGGGAUGCACAUGAUCCAUACCCAAGUGGUAAAAACACAUCAAGAAGGACCAAAAGGAAAGUGAAAAAUAGGUCUGUAUGUUCAAAACCAAACUUGCAAAGCCCCACCAAACCUGUUGGAAGAUCUGAACUUGUCAAUCCAAUUGCUGCUCCCUAUGUGGGAAUGGUUAAGACAGUGGGGGCACCUGUAAAUGGGGGAAGCGAACACAGUGGGCCCCCAAAAAGGAAAGGGUUAUAUAAUGGACCUCUGAGAAGGGGAUUGUCCAGAUCAUCAGGUUUUACUUGGGCUGGAGGAGAUUCAAGUAGCUCUCAACCUUUGAGUUGUCACAAAUGUGGUGAGAAGUUUUCAGAAUGGAAAGAUGUUGAAUCGCAUCACCUCUCCAACCAUGCUGUUACACAAAUAGUUGAAGGAGACUUGUCAAGAGAAAUAAUAGAAAUGAUCUGCAGAACCAACCUGCAGUCAUCAAUGCACUCCGGCAACAAAGAGGAGGAUAGCAAUGUUAUUCAAAUGGUCUUGAAAGUGCACAACACCCUAAAGACACUAACUCAGUUUGAAGAGUAUCGCGAAGCGGUUAAGACGAAAGCCAACAGACUAGUCAAAAAACACACACGUUGCCUUGCCGAUGGGAACGAGCUAUUGAGAUUCCAUGGCACAACCGUGGAAUGCCAUUUAGGCAUGGGAGAUUCCUCAGGUUUAUGUGUGUCACAUAAAUGUGAUGUUUGCCAGAUUCUGAGACACGGGUUCACGGUCAACGGUGGGGUCGGGGUGUUGACGACGUCCACGAGCCGAGGGGCACUUGAAGGCGUAAAGGUGAAGGAUGGCGGUGGUGAGAGGAAGGCAGUGAUGGUGUGUAGAGUGAUCGGUGGAAGGGUGCAUAGAGCACUUGAGAGUGUUGAAGAGAUUGGGUGUGAGCCAUCGUUAGGGUUUGAUUCUCUUGCUGGUAAUAAAGUGGGUGGUUUGAGCUCAGGCGUUGUAGAAGAGCUCAUUGUACUCAGCCCCAAAGCUUUGCUUCCUUGCUUCAUUGUCAUUUAUAAAGCAUAACCAUAUUUUUUUAAUGCACAAGGUAAUGAAGAUAGGCGUAAACCAACC